GCUCUCCGGAACGGCGCAGAGCGGACAGCCGGCAGGCUCUCAGACGUCUUCUCCAGCUCCUGCCCCGGCUCCGACUCCUGCUCGACCCGGAGGGACCGCCGGCCCGCAGAGUCGUGCGCCAGCGCCGCGACAGUCUCGCCGCACUCCAUCCCGUCCUUUUGGGCUCUCGGAAGGCAGUGCACCCUAGGUCUGAGUUGCCCCGUACGGUCGGGUAGACGAGCUCCGGCUGCAGUAGCCCCUCCAGUGGCGGCGCGCACGGCAACUUUGGAGAUGAGAGCAGUAGCCCCAGCAGCGGCAAUGACUCCCUGGCUCGGGCUAGUCGUGCUCCUGAGCAUCUGGAGCUUAGCGUAUUUGGGCGCCGAGGCGUGCACAUGCUCGCCCAGCCACCCCCAGGACGCCUUCUGCAACUCCGACAUAGUGAUCCGGGCCAGAGUGGUGGGGAAGAAGCUGGUGAAGGAGGGGCCCUUUGGCACACUGGUCUACACCAUUAAGCAGAUGAAGAUGUACCGAGGCUUCAGCAGGAUGCCCCAUGUGCAGUACAUCUACACGGAAGCAUCUGAGAGUCUCUGUGGUGUUAAGCUGGAGGUCAACAAGUACCAGUACCUGCUGACAGGCCGUAUCUAUGAUGGGAAGGUAUACAUAGGACUGUGCAACUUCGUGGAGCGGUGGGACCAGCUCACCAUCUCCCAGCGCAAGGGGCUGAACUAUCGGUAUCACCUGGGUUGUAACUGCAAGAUCAAGUCCUGCUACUACCUGCCUUGCUUCGUGAGCUCCAACAAUGAGUGUCUCUGGACCGACAUGCUCUCGAACUUCGGCUCCCCUGGCUACCAGUCCAAACACUACGCCUGCAUCCGGCAGAAGGGCGGCUACUGCAGCUGGUACCGAGGAUGGGCCCCCCCAGACAAAAGCAUCAUCAAUGCCACAGACCCCUGAGCACCAGACCCUGCCCCACCUCACCUCCCUCCCUUCCCGCUGAGCUUCCCUUGGACACUAACUCUUCCCAAAUGAUGACAAUGAAAUUAGUGCCUGUUUUCUCGCAAAUUUAGCACUUCGAACACUUAAAGUCUGUGCUGUCAUACGCAGUUUAUUUGGAAACAUCCUCCUGGCCCCACCCCACCCCUUCUUUUUGGUUUUGACAUCACCUAUUUCCGCCUGGAAAUUUUUGGUGCCAUGCCGGAGAGAAUGAGGAAUGUAUUCUCCUCUUCUUCAUGAUAACAUAAUCUAUAUUUUUUUAGGAAAACAAAAAUCAAAAAACUACCCUACUCCGGCAUUGUAAUACCUACCCCGCUUUCUUCUCCCCCAGACCCUCGUCUCCCAGACCCUCUUCCCUCUGCCUUUCUACACUCUGGCACUUAAAGGACACAGACAAGGAUGCUGCUGAAAGGCCAACUGUGUCAGUCAAAGGUAGCAAGCGGUAGCAAGGUGUACAGAUCUUAUACACCAAGGAGAUGCUACUGCAUGUCCCAGCCAGACUGUGUGUCUGUGUCUCUCUCACGCAAGAGUGGGAGAGGGAAGGAAGGAACUGUAAGAGAGGGUCUGAGAUGAUGCAGCACACACUCCCCCAGCCCAGCGGUGCUUGGGUUCACCAGAUGUGUCUGAGUCCGGAGCAAGCAGCCAGACCAGAGUAAUAGAACUUUCUUAGUUGGUGAGGACUUAAACAUCUGCCUGAGGUCAGGAGGCAAUUUGCCUGCCUUGUACAAAAGCUCAGGUGAAAGACUGAGUUGAAGGUCUUUCCUCUCCCUGACUCCCCCAAGAUUUCCUCCUGGAAAACUCAUUGGUAGAUUUGGCCAGGACCUUGCCCUUAUGUAAAUUGGAGAAACACACACACCUUACACUAUCCACAGAUAUAGUCAAGUAGACUUGGGUAGAGAAUACUAUUUCCAAAGUAGUGUUUAGCUCACCUAGGGGGAUGUGUUUGUAUACACAUUUGCAUAUACCCACACGAGGACAUAAGCUGAUUUUUUACAGGACACAGAAUUCUGUUCAAUGCUGUUAAAUACACCAAUAGUUUAAUCUCUUCUAUUUUGUUGUUGUUGCUUGUUUGAAGAAAAUCAUGACAUUCCAAGUUGACUUUAAAAAAAUUUUUAAUUAAAAUUUGAAAUUCUGAACACCCUCAGCAUUCCUCUAAUUGGGGUCUCCUGACCUCUGUCCCUCCCCUUUUCUCCUGCUUCAUGUUUGGGGCCUUCCUUUAACUGCCUUCCUGGCUGGGCUCAGCUGGGAGAUGAGAGUUAGUGUGGGCCAGGGGCCUGGGCUCAGGAGGGAAAGCUGCAGAGUGUCAUGUGUCAUGCCAAGGCCAGAUGGCCACCUCUCCUGGGCUUGGGGACAGCCUGCUUCUCUUUCUCCAGCUCACUGGUGGGUGAAUGCCACCUUCCGAGGUCCUUACCUCGUGGAUUUCAGUUGAUGGUUGCUGGGGAAGCCUGCCUCUGCAAUCGGCUCGAGGGGUUUUUGUUGUGUUUUUUAAAAUAAAACUAUAAUAUAAAUUCUCCGGUUAAAUAAAAGUAUUUUAAGUUUUAGUGCUGAAAAUGAGAUGCCAAGAGUGGGAGAUAAUGUGUAUUUCACAGAAUCGGGGAUGGUAGGAUGGUGACAUUUAAUAUGAUUGCUCUCUUUUUUCAGAUCAUGGAUAUUUAUCCUCGAUUAGUAUUUGUAUCUUCAGUUCAUUCCGCUUUAGGAAACAGAGCUGCCAAUUUAAACAGGAGACAAAAAGAAGCAGACAGUACAUUGUAAUAAUGUCUCGCACGUACACACAAAUGCCCAGGCAGGGUGUUAGGCACAAUCCCAGAGCGGGAAGACAGUGAAGGCAUCCGGUUUCCUUGGGAUUGAUUCCGUUCCCUUGUACCUUUCACCUUGUGGUCAUGACAUUUGGCACUUGGGAAACAGGAGGCUUUGCCAUCUCAAUGGGGCAGUGUGAGCAGAGGGAGCAGAGGUCUGCAGGCCAGUGGCUUUUAAGGGGUAAGCCCUAGACUUGGUGUUUUUAAGAUUUUCUUUCAACCUCAAAGUCUUACAAGGUAGAACCCCUAAUCCAACCUGUACAAGUGCCCUCCCAUGGUCAGACAUCAGCCUCUGCUCCAUGAGGCAGCUGACCAUUCUUGGUCCCUGGUGGGGUCACCUCCACACACAUAGCAGGGACUUGGGGUGAGGCCUGAGCAGGAGUCACCUGAAGUUUCCCUGCAGAUAAGCUUGGGGAGCCGCAGGCCCAUCUGGCAGGCCCUGGUGAGGAGAACAGCGGUCCCGGGCAAAGAAGGGUCCUUUGCAAAGCAAUGUUGUCAGAGGGCGGUUUUUGAGCUUUCUAUAAGCUAUAGCUUUGUUUAUUUCACCUGUUCACUUCCUGUAUAAUUUAAAGUCAUUAGGUAGCUGAGACACUUCUGUAUUUCAAUCAUAUUGUGAAUGUUUUAUUUUGCUAAAUCUUGUGUCAUGUGUAGGCUGUAAUAUGUGUACAUUGUGUUUAAGAGAAAAAAAAUGGAAACCCACAUGCCACCAUUUUCCUGAAUCAAAUUCUACAGUGGAACGGAGGGUAAAUACUUCUCUUGUCUGGGCAGCUGGACUGGCGAACUGGGGAAACUACAAGGAACCAGCACUCGAGACUCCUGCAGCCUCCUCCUGUCAGCAUCCUUGUGCUUUCUGGAGUAGGCGGGAGGCAGGGGAGAACACCAGCAAGUGCGUCCAUGUUCUUGCACUGUGUCAACUAGCACCGGGCAGUCUGCUGGUCAUUCCCAUUCCUUGGCCCCCUUACUCCCUUUGCCCAUCCGAUUGAGAAGCCAUGAUUUCUCCAGAAAAUUUCAGGCCGUGAGAGCUGUAAUUCAAGAUCUCUUGGCCUCCCCUGGCCAUCUCUUCUGCCUCCGUCUCCAGGAAGCCCACACCUAGGCUCUGUCUCUCAGGUCAGUGCCCCAUCAGGCAGGGUAGGUAGCACUGGGAGACCCACCCAGCCCCAGACCUCAACAGUGGUCAAGCUACAGCCCAUGAGCACCAUUUCCAUACCACCAUUCUUGAGCAAUUCAAGAAAUAAAUGAUGUGUAGGGACAGCUGUGACUCAGAGACACUGAGGGAAAUGAGACCCUUCCCAGCCUCAGCCCCAGCCCAUCAUCCUGUGCUUGAUGAUGGCCAAUAUGGGUUACCCUAAGAUGACACCCACGUGUUUUGCUCCUGGCUGCCUAAAAUAAAAAUGUCACUAAAACAGUUUUAUGCAAGAAAAAGAUGGCAAAAGCCAAACAAAAUGAAGAUAAAUAGGAGAGGCAGAUUUCAACAGCCACCUAAAUGGCUCUUGGGUGGUAUGAGGAGUAGAAGAACAUAGAGACCAGGAUUCACACUCUGAGGGGCCUUGUAGAUUUUCCUGCACCCCCGCUUUCCCCCUUAGCCAGUCUUCUGUCCUGAGACCCAGAAGUGAUGGAGAGACACCAACCAGAGAAAACCCUGUCUAGAAGGAAUGUAUUUGUUGCUAAAUUUUGUAGCACUGUUUACAGUUUUCCUCCAUGUUAUUUAUGAAUUUUAUAUUCCGUGAAUGUAUAUUGUCUUGUAAUGUUGCAUAAUGUUCACUUUUUAUAGUGUGUCCUUGAUUCUAAACAGUAAAGUGGUUUUAUUUCUAUCACA